AUGUUGUGGAAGCCAGACUCCAACGUCAGUGCGAGCGGAGCCUUCAAGUACCAGAACAAGUGGAAGACAAAGACAAACGCAGACCAAUAUUUGAACAUGAACGAUGGUUCAGGACAGUCUCGCUCGGUGGGCUUGACGACCGAUCAGUCUGCCAGCUUCCCGAGUGCACAGUGGGUCAUUGAACCUUUUGUUGCUACAGUGGGUGUCAGUUGCAGGUUGCAAUGUGCGUGGACAGACAAAGGGGCUUAUUACCUGAAUGCCGCGAACGACCCCAAACAGCGCGAAGUGCAGUGCUACAUCUUGGAUUCAAAGCCUUCAAAGUGGACCAGCAUGACGUGGUGGGUUCAUGAAGCGGGUGACGGCUACCAGAGGAUCCAAAACCAGUGGACCAAGAAGUUUCUGAAUAGGGUGGACGAUGGCACUCACGUGGCGCUGACCGAGUACCAUGCAUCGUACGAUAGUAUGUUGUGGAAGCCAGACUCCAACGUCAGUACGAGCGGAGCCUUCAAGUACCAGAACAAGUGGAAGACAAAGACAAACGCAGACCAAUAUUUGAACAUGAACGAUGGUUCAGGACAGUCUCGCUCGGUGGGCUUGACGACUGAUCAGUCUGCCAGCUUCUUGAGUGCACAGUGGGUUACUAAGGAUGUCUGA